CUUUUAUCAAAGACUCAAAAAUAGAUGAACAAGACUUCAAAAUUUCCGUUAAACCCUAGCUCGACCCGCCAACUUCCCCCCUCAGCCUGUUAAACCCUAGCAUCCUUAACCUUUCUCCGAUUAACUCCGACGAAUUAAUGGCGGGAAUGGAUAUUGACGGGGACGUUGAUGAGUCAGCGAGGCGGGUGCAGGUCCGGUUCGUCACGAAGUUGAAGCCUCCCUUUAAAGCCCCAAAUACUUCCAUUGCUAUUCCCUCCAAUCUCACCCGUUUCGGCCUCUCUUCCAUUGUCAACAACCUCCUUAAAGCUGGGAAAGAUGAAUGGAAUACUGAGCCUUUUGAUUUUCUCAUUGAUGGAGAACUGGUCCGCAUGUCACUUGAAGAGUUUCUCCUUGCCAAGGGCAUUUCAGCUGAGAAAAUAUUAGAGAUUGAGUACAUUAAAGCUGUGGCUCCAAGAAAACAAGAAGAGCCAUCUUUGCAUGAUGACUGGGUCAGUGCAGUUGAUGGUUCUAAUUCUAAGUUUAUUUUGACUGGAUGCUAUGAUGGUUGUGGAAGAAUAUGGAAGGCUGCCGGAUCUUGUACACAUCAAUUGGAGGGCCAUACUGGUGCAAUUACUUCUGUUUGUGUUGUCAAACCAAGAGUGGCUCAAAGUGGUGCUGAUCAAAUAGUAGCCACGGCCUCCAAGGAUAGGACACUGCGGCUCUGGAAGUUUGAUGCAGAUGAGUCUUCGGAUCAGCUAAAGAGGAUUAGAGCCUUUAAGAUUUUACAUGGACAUAAUGCUUCUGUCCAAAGUGUUGCAGCAAACCCCGCUGGAGAUAUGGUGUGUUCAGGGUCCUGGGAUUGCCAAAUAGCUUUGUGGCAAGCAAGUGGCUCAGAUACAGGUGAUGUAGUUUCAGUCAAGAAAAGGAAAAAGGAUGCCAAAGAGGAAGAUCCUCAACUAGAAGAGGAGGCUAAAUCCACACUUGUAGGACAUACACAAUGUGUGUCUUCCGUGGUGUGGCCACAAGAUGAAACAAUGUAUUCAGCAUCAUGGGAUCACUCUAUAAGAAGAUGGGAUGUUGAGAUGGGCAAGGAUUCAUUGAACAUGUAUUGCGACAAAGUCAUUAAUUGCCUUGAUGUUGGAGGUGAAGGUUAUGCCCUCAUUGCUGCCGGUGGUUCUGACCCCAUUCUUAGGAUAUGGGAUCCUCGCAAACCAGGUACUUCGGCUCCUGUUUAUCAAUUCUCAUCACACAGUUCUUGGAUAUCUGCCUGCAAGUGGCAUGAAAAGUCAUGGUUUCACUUGGUUUCUGCAUCUUAUGAUGGGAAAGUAAUGUUAUGGGACUUGAGAACUGCGUGGCCCCUUGCUGUCAUUGAUACUCACAAUGACAAGGUAUUGUGUGCGGAUUGGUGGAAAGGUGAAAGUGUAGUCAGUGGUGGGGCUGACUCGAAGCUUUGCAUCUCUUCUGAUGUUUGUGAUCUGUGAUGUAGAGGACAGAUCUACCCUGUUGCUGAGGUGAUUGUGCUCCAAAAGAUUGAUGCAAUUUUGCUGAUGGAAUCGGCUGGGUCAGACUGAAGUUGUGAGAAUUUACUUCAGAAACAAUUUUGAUAUGCUAACUGGAAAUGGUUUGUAUUAUAUAUAUUCCUAUGAGGUUGUGCGAUUUGAUCAAUUGAAGCUGUAUCCUCGGAUGUAUGUUUGCAGCUUCUGUAUUUUAUUAUUUAUUCUCUUUCAUUUCCCCCCAUCA